AUGGAAUCCGAAAACGAGACAUUUAACUUAGAAGACUUACCGACGUUCUUAAUAUACGUUCUUGACAAAGUUGAAUUGGUAUGCCGUGAACAAACCACAGAUUUAAGCAAACUGGAAUCGCAUUUGAUUGUCGUUGAUAAAGUCGUAGGUCUGCUCAGAGAGUUAAGCCUGCCAGGUGUUUACGCGAUCCUCAAAACGAAUGACUUAGAACAUUUAAAGACACUUUCAGAUGUGUUCACAGAUAUCCUUUCCGCAAUGCAACAGCUUGUAUCAACACUGUCUGUAACACCAGCAACAGUUGCAGAGAAUGUUUGUGUAACUGACAGAAGAAACCCUGGGUAAGUUGGACGACCAAAAUUUCGCAUUAAAUCUGAAGUUUUAGAAGACCUACGAAGAUUUGGUUUUUCCUGGACAAAGAUUGCUGUAAUAUUGGGUGUCUCAAGAUGGACUAUUUCAAGAAGAGUUAAGGACUAUGGUUUUGAGGAUAUGUGUGGGUUUAGUCAGUUAUCAAAUGAAGAGCUUGACCGUCUCAUCAGAAAUUAUAUAGAUCACCACGGAACAACAUCUGGACAGACUUAUAUCAUAGGCUACAUAAAAUCCCUAGGAUACCAUGUGCAGCGCAGCAGAAUUAGGGAAUGUCUAGCAAGGCUAGACCCACGAAAUACUGCAUUGAGGUGGGGUGUCACUGUCUCCCGCAGGGUCUACAGUGUACCUUGGCCAAAUUCUCUUUGGCAUUUGGACGGCCAUCAUUCACUCAUAAGAUGGAAACUGAUUAUUGAUGGGUGCAACGACGGAUUCUCUAGAAGAAUAAUGUUUCUUAAAUGCAGUUCAAAUAACUUAGCUGAGACUGUGUUAACAUUAUUUUUAGAGGCGAUUGAUAAUGACAGCGGCUUAUGGCCAUCGAGAAUUCGUGUAGACCGAGGUGUGGAAAACGUGUUAGUUUGUGAAGCUAUGGUAAUGGCGAGAGAAGGAAGGGACAGUUUUAUUCCUGGUCCUUCCACACACAAUCAAAGGAUUGAGCGGCUCCGGAGGGAUGUAUAUAGAUGUGUCUGCCACAUGUAUUAUUAUGUUUUUUACGGCAUGGAAAUGUCUGGAAUUCUUAACCCAGAAGAUUCAAUGCAUCUGUUUGCUUUACAUCUGGUCUAUCUUCUAAGAAUUAAUCAUGCCCUAGACGAAUACAAAGAGGCAUUUGACCCUCAUGCGGUAAGGACAGAGAACAACUGGACUCCUUAUCAGAUGUGGCUUAAUGGUAUGAUGCAUGAAAGAAAUCCUCUUGUCCAUUCGCAGCUUCAUGAUAACCCGGAUGAUGUUGAAUAUUACGGGUAUGAUCCCCAAG